GCCGGAGCAGAAGUCCCGGAUGUAGUCAGGCUGUGUUUUUGUUGUUGUUCACGGAGGUUAAAGGUCACAGUUCGGCUGCUGUUUGGGCUUAAAGUUCGUCUCGUGACUCCCGCCCAGCCCCCGGAGGCCCUCAGGACCCGGUACCGAGCUCCCGCCGCCCGGAAACAUGAAAUGGAUGUUCAAAGAGGACCACUCGCUGGAACAUCGAUGCAUAGAGUCCGCCAAGAUCCGCAACAAGUAUCCUGACAGGGUCCCGGUGAUCGUGGAGAAGGUGUCGGGCUCUCAGAUCGUGGACAUCGACAAGAGGAAGUACCUGGUCCCGGCAGACAUCACCGUGGCCCAGUUCAUGUGGAUCAUCAGGAAGCGGAUCCAGCUGCCCUCGGAGAAGGCCAUCUUCCUGUUCGUGGACAAGACCGUGCCUCAGUCCAGCAUCACCAUGGGGCAGCUGUACGAGAAGGAGAAGGACGAGGACGGCUUCCUGUACGUCGCCUACAGCGGAGAGAACACCUUCGGCCUCUGAGGCUCCGCCCCCUCCGCCGCCGUCCAAUCACGGCCCCCGCUGGGCCCCUGGGACACGCCGUGGGAAACCCCGCGGAGGACUGGACUGUAGCGUCGGUGUCAUAUUUCACUUCCUGGUUUGCUUUGUGCUUUUAGCUUGUCGUGAA